GCCAAAGACGUUUGGCGCGGUUGGUAGAGAGGAGACCGACACCAGACGAGAGAGGAGGGGGGCCGUGGUCGUUACCGCAUUUCUCUUGUUUCAUAGUGGUAUCUUUGGCGACGGCACCAGCAGAUAUAACAUUAGAAGCAGCUUUAUAAAAAGAGAGUUGGUACGUUUUUAAUCAGUGUUGUCAGUCUCCGGUUUCGCCGUCUGUCGGUGCAAGCAGACUGAAAUAGCUUCAAUAUGCCUCCCAUCGAAAAUGACACCGGGAAGAAUGAACUCAAAACUCGGAUACAGCAGCUCAUUGACUCCAAUCAAGUCCUGGUUUUCAGCAAAAGCUACUGUCCGUAUUGUGUGAAGGUGAAGGACUUAUUCAAAGAGCUCCAAGUCGAUUACAAUGUGGUGGAGUUGGAUCUCAUAGAUGAUGGACCCAACUACCAGGAAUUGCUGCUCGAGAUGACUGGACAGAAAACUGUUCCUAAUGUCUUCAUCAACAAGAAGCACCUUGGCGGCUGUGACAACACAAUGAAGGCUCAUAAAGACGGCAGCCUGCAGCAGCUGCUGAGUCAAGAAAAUGAUGCUUAUGACUACGACCUGAUUGUCAUCGGAGGAGGAUCGGGAGGCCUCUCCUGCUCAAAGGAAGCUGCUUUAUUGGGGAAGAAGGUCAUGGUACUGGACUAUGUUGUGCCCACACCAAAGGGAACCACCUGGGGUCUUGGUGGAACUUGUGUCAAUGUGGGCUGCAUUCCCAAGAAGCUGAUGCACCAGACAGCCCUGCUGGGCACGGCCAUGCAGGACGCACGCAAGUUCGGCUGGGAGUUUGAGGAAACAGGUGAGCGCUCAGAGCACCGACCCAGGAGGUCGCGAAGGGGGGACAUCUCUCCAGCUUGCCACGUGAAACAUAACUGGGAGACGAUGAAGACGGCUGUGAACAACUACAUCGGCUCAUUGAACUGGGGCUACAGGGUGGCCCUGAGAGACAAGAAUGUCAACUAUAUCAAUGCUUACGCAGAGUUUGUUGAACCACACAAAGUCAAGGCGACAAACAAACGAGGGAAGGAGACAUUUUACACAGCAGCUAAGUUUAUCUUGGCUACAGGAGAGAGGCCGCGCUACCUUGGCAUCCCUGGAGACAAGGAGUACUGCAUCACCAGCGACGACCUCUUCUCAUUGUCUUACUGCCCGGGAAAGACCCUGGUGAUCGGGGCUUCAUACGUGGCUCUGGAGUGCGGCGGCUUCCUGGCCGGCCUCGGUCUCGAUGUCACCGUCAUGGUGCGGUCGAUCCUGCUGAGGGGCUUUGACCAGGACAUGGCCAACCGUGCCGGGGAGCACAUGGAGGAGCACGGCGUGAAGUUCCUCCGAAAAUUUGUGCCUGUAAAGGUAGAGGAGCUGGAAGCAGGCACUCCUGGGAGGCUGAAGGUGACAGCCAAGUCAACAGAAACGGACGAGAUCAUCGAGGGAGAGUACAACACUGUGUUGAUAGCCGUUGGCCGGGACGCGUGCACAGACAAGAUUGGCCUCGACAAGACGGGCGUUAAAGUCAACCCUAAGAAUGGAAAAAUCCCAGUGAACGAUGAAGAGCAGACUAACGUGCCUAACAUCUACGCCAUCGGAGACAUCCUGGAAGGCAAGUGGGAGCUGACACCUGUAGCCAUCCAGGCCGGCAAGCUGCUCGCACGGCGCCUCUACGCUGGGGCAAAACUCAAGUGUGACUACAUCAACGUUCCCACUACGGUCUUCACCCCGCUGGAGUACGGCGCCUGCGGUCUGUCAGAGGAGAAAGCCACUGAGCUCUAUGGACAGGAAAACAUCGAGGUGUUCCACAGUCUCUUCUGGCCUCUGGAGUUCACUGUGCCCGGCAGGGACAACAACAGAUGCUACUCGAAGCUCAUCUGCAACAAACUGGACAACGACCGCGUCAUCGGGUUCCACUACCUGGGUCCGAAUGCUGGGGAGGUGACGCAGGGCUAUGGUGUCGCCAUGAAAUGCGGCGCCACUAAAGAGCAGCUGGACGGCACCAUCGGCAUCCACCCAACCUGUGCUGAGAUCUUUACCACUUUGGACGUGACCAAGAGCUCGGGUGGAGACAUCACCAAGGCCGGCUGCUGAGGUUAAACCCUGCUCGUUUAGCGGGCGGCUCUCAUAUUAGACUCAUCUACCAUCCCUUCUCAGCCAACCUUUAGGCUCAGCCUCACCCUCAGCUUCUCAGUGUACGCGGCAGUCGUUUUCUCAGGACAAAAACCUAACACCAAACCCAGUGUCUGAAUCGCUGAAAGCACUUAUUUAGGCUAGCAGCCAAGCUGAGAGGAUGAGGACGUGCGAGCCUCUAGUCCUGGCUGAGGAAGUUUUUAAAUAUGAGAGCUGCCUGCUGAACAGCGGGGUUACUCUGCUGACAUCCUUCUGGGCACCGCCAGUCGUCUUCUCAGAGGAGCACCAACACACGCAAGUGUGUUUGGGGCUGUUUGUGACGUCCUCGCCCUUAACCUGAUAUUCUAAGGUGGGCAAGGAUCGAUGUCCUUCUGCAGAAGCGCCUGAUGGUGGCUUAAAAACCCUUCGUCCAAAUCCCUAACUUCAAACACUUUUCAUUCAACCCCAGAAUACAAAGAGCAUACAGACCGAGUUUUGUCAAAGAGAAUCAAAUUGGCACAUAACCAGGGUUUGAAAAAAGAUAAACCUCUCUGAACUCUGGUCCAGCUUAUAAUGGAAAUGUAUUGUUUAAUCUGGUAUGUGUGUGAGUGUGUUUAAAUUUGUAACGUCUCUUCUCGAUUUUUCAACACAUUCCUCUUAUCAGGUCUUUCGGUUUCAGAUGUAUUCAAGGUGUACAUUUGCAUUGUCAAUAUUUAUCUUUGCUGGCUGUGUGGAGGGUUUCGCUGCCUUUUUAAGAGAACUCUAUUUAUCUCUACCAAAAUGUUUUCUCUAAACAAGUCUGCAGAAAGAUCGGGCGCAGAUCGACGUACACCUCUCAAACCUGGAUGUGCUGCAUCACAACACUGUCGGGUAGAAAAUUGAACGAAAAGAACUACCUAGUUGAAGUGAAUGUUGUUUAAAAAAACAUUUUCACCAUUAAUUUAAUGCAUCUUACUGUUUUACAUUAUGUGUAUGUAAAAAAUAUAUAUUUGGUCUUCUAGAGGACAGUAGUCCGGCUGCUGUCAGUGAGUUGUUCAUCUGUCUGCUGCUGUCAAACCACUGUAGUUGACUUCUUUUCAAACAUUUAAUAAAGGAUGACUUUAGCAUCA